AUGGCCGCGCCUGUCGUUCCUUCCAAGUCUGGGUUCUCAGGAGUCGCUGCGACGACAGAAGAAGUGAACAACAUCUUGAGGACGAUCCUGGACACCGAUUCAGCUCAGGUAUCCCUCGACGCCGCUUACGCGCUCACAAAUCUACUUAUCCAGUCAAUCGGCAUUCGAGGCCUCCUUUCCUACAACCUGAUACCGGAGAUUAAGAGAGCGGCAGCCGACAAGAAGAAUGGCUCAAAGCGAGAAAGUGCCAUGUUUGUUCUGGGUGCCAUGUUUGAGCGAUUUCCCCGCGAGCAGCCCCUCAGUGAAGUCGUCUUCCUUGUUCAAGACGGUGGCCUGUUCAGUCUCGUCCUCGACGGGUUGGCGGACAAAGGCUCUUCGGUUCGUGAGUCGGCGCAAUAUGCUGUCGACGAACUCUUCAAGAAUCUUUCGCCCGAGGCCAUGGUUGUCGGCCUUCUUCCAGCCCUGCAACAGUACCUGUCCAAACCCACUGGAAAAUGGCAAGGAACUGUUGGCGCAUAUCAACUAUUAGGAAAAAUGGCGGACAAAGCACUAAUUGGCACCGCUCCGAAAGAGGAGGAACUGGCCAAGGAUGUGCUGAGAGAGUCGAUGGGCAAGACGCUAAAGGAUCUCAUUCCCAUUGUUGAGGGCGGUAUGCACGACUUGAAGCCGGAGGUUGCCAAAGCCGCUACCAAAACCAUGACCUCUCUUACAACGCUCCUCCAGAACGACGAUGUCGCACCUCGGAUACCCCUGCUCAUCGAAACCAUGAAGAACCCCUCGGCGCAAACGCUCCAAAAAGCCAUUCAUGCGCUUUCUCAAACCACCUUUGUCGCCAUCGUGACUUCACCAGUCCUCGCCCUCCUCACACCGUUGCUCGAGCGGUCUUUGAAUACUCCUACCACGACGCAAGAAGUCCUUCGACAAACUGUGGUCGUCGUCGAGAACUUGACCAAGCUGGUCCAUGAUCCGAUCGAAGCUAGAACCUUCUUGCCUAAACUGCAACCUGGAGUGCAAAGAGUCAAAGACAACGCCUCAUUGCCCGAAGUCCGCGAGUUGGCCACAAGAGCUGUGAACGUCAUGAAAAAGGCCAUGGGUGACGAUCAAGACGGGGUCACAAACAGUCAAAUCGCAAGGACAACCACCGACGACGUUCUUAAAGUACUUGACAGCCAGAUCCGAGCACAGGGAGGUCUGCAAAAGGAGGAUAUGGUAGUCUGGAAACAAGGCCAGAAGUAUGUCUCAGAAAUGGUCAAAGAAGAUGUCAACGCCCGUGUAUUUUCUCGCAUCCCAGCCCAAGUCGGUCCCUACCUCAGAUACAUGAUGCCCGAGCAGCAUUGUACAGCGAUCGCUGAGGGCAUUCGAAAGCAUUUCCUCGAGGAAGAUCACAAAAGAUUCGGCGCUCCCGUUAUCGAGGAUCCAAAUGAGGUGGAGAUUGUGAACGCGGAGUUCUCCCUGGCUUAUGGUGGCAUGCUGCUGUUGUCUCACACCAACCUACGCCUCCUGAAGGGCCAUCGCUACGGGCUCUGUGGCCGCAAUGGCGCCGGCAAGUCUACUCUAAUGCGGAGCAUUGCCGAAGGGAAGCUGGAGGGCUUCCCUCCCAAAGAUGUCUUGAAGUCAUGCUUUGUUGAGCACAAUCAGGGCGAAGACGCGGAUAUCACCAUCCUGGAAUACGUGGCCAAGGAUCCCGAGAUCGCCAAAGAGGGACGCGAACGCAUCUCAGAGGUCUUGAGCGAGGUCGGUUUCACUGCUGGACACGAAGGAAGACAGUCUCAUAAGGUCGGCUCGUUGUCUGGAGGUUGGAAGAUGAAGUUGGCAUUGGCAAGAGCUAUGCUCAUGCGUGCCGACGUAUUCUUGCUUGAUGAACCGACCAACCACCUGGAUGUUGCUAAUGUCAAGUGGCUGGAGGGGUAUCUCCAGACACAUACCGAGAUCACGUCGCUUAUCGUAUCCCACGACUCGGCCUUCCUCGACGCAGUCUGCACCGAUAUCUACCACUACGAGAACAAAAAGCUGGUUCAUUAUCCUGGCAAUCUUGCCGCGUUUGUCAAAGUCAAGCCUGAAGGCAAGAGCUACUACACGCUGUCUGCCUCUCAGGUCCAGUUCAAGUUCCCUCCUCCUGGUAUUCUGAGCGGGGUCAAAUCCAACACCCGCUCGAUCAUCAGGAUGACAAAUGUCAGCUACACGUAUCCGGGCGCAUCAAAGCCUAGUUUGACGGAUGUGUCGUGUCAACUGAGCUUGUCGUCCCGAGUGGCAAUCAUCGGCGCCAAUGGCGCCGGAAAAUCGACCUUGAUCAAGUUGCUGACCGGUGAGACCAUCCCUCAAAGUGGCAAAGUCGAGAAGCACCCCAAUCUCCGUAUUGGAUACAUCAAGCAGCACGCCCUUGAGCACGUGGAGAUGCAUAUGGAGAAGACCCCGAACCAGUACUUGCAAUGGAGGUACGCCAAUGGCGACGAUCGAGAAGUGCUCAUGAAAGCUACCCGGCAACUGACCGAUGAGGACCGGGCUCAACUGGACAAAUGGAUUGACCUCGGAGACGGCAGAGGCGGAAGGCAGCUCGAAAAUUUGAUUGGGCGACAAAAGUACAAGAAAACAUUCCAGUAUGAAGUGAAGUGGAGAGGAAUGCUUCCCAAGUUCAACAGCAUGGUCUCCAGAGAGACGUUGCUGGAAUGGGGUUUUCAGAAGCUAGUCCAGGAGUUUGAUGAUCACGAGGCGUCGCGGGAAGGUCUCGGGUACCGUAUCCUUGAGCCCAAGGUCAUUGCAAAACACUUUGAGGAUGUUGGCCUGGACCCGGAGAUUGCGAACCACAAUGAGAUCUCCGGCUUGAGUGGUGGCCAAAAAGUCAAAGUGGUGCUGGCCGGUGCUAUGUGGAACAACCCUCACCUGCUCGUGCUGGAUGAGCCCACCAACUUCUUGGAUCGCGACUCCUUGGGCGGUCUUGCCGUUGCGAUCCGUGACUACAAAGGUGGUGUUGUCAUGAUCAGUCACAACGAAGAGUUUGUUGGGGCUCUCUGUCCGGAGCAGUGGCACGUCGCCGACGGCCGGGUAACGCACAAGGGCCACCUGGCCAUCGACCUCAAUCGGUUUGAAGACUCGCGGCCAGGCUCGAGCAACGUCUCCUCGGCCGUUUCGAGUGCUACCGCAUCCGCAGUCAACUCUGGAGCGGAAGAUAACAGCGAAAUGAAGUUCAAGGCCAAGAAGAAGAAGAAGCUUACGCGAGCUCAAAUGAAGGAAAGAGAAGUGCGGAGGAGAUUGAGGCAUAUCGAGUGGCUGAACAGCCCGAAAGGCACUCCUCAUCCACCAGACACGGAUGAUGAAGCAUAA